AUGUUGCUCAAGCCUGCGACGCCCCUCACUAUCUUGCUGCUGAUCGCCUUUGUGCUUUUGCUACUCUCUUGUCUUUCAACUCCUAUUGUCAGAGGAAUUCCUCUAGCAACUUUCAAAAACGUGGAUUAUGGUGUCUUUGGAUAUUGCAAGGAUGAUUUGAGCAGCACCGAUGAUUUCAACCUCCCUUCCGGCACUCGAAAGUCACUGUCCGCGAUCCUCAUCGUCCACCCAGUUGCCGCCUUCCUAACACUCAUCUGCCUCUGCCUGGCAAUUGCGGCCCACUUCCAUGCGCCCUCCCACUCGCCGCGCUUCCUCUUGGCGCUCCUCAUAUUGUGGUUGCCAACACUUCUCGUGACUCUCCUCGCAUUUCUCGUCGACAUCUUGCUCUUUGUCCCACAUCUAGGAUGGGGAGGUUGGAUUGUGCUGGUCGCGACCAUCAUCCUCACCUCUUGCGGAGUGGUUACUUGUGCCAUGCGCCGCACCCUUGUGAGUAGGAAGGCAAGGAAGCGCCGGAUGGCGGAAAAUGCCGAGAUGAGUGGGGAGAACUAUUACAACCGACAGACUGCUGCCGCGGCUGCGGAUGUAGCCCUCGCUCCGGCUCCCGUCGAUCCCAAGGAAGCCUAUGUUUCGAACUCUUUCAACUCCGACUCGGGCCCAACAUUCGCAUCCUUCCAUACAGAUGCGCGCGACAGUGAUGACGAUAGAACUCCUCUCAAUUCGCGGACGCCGAUGAGCGAUAUUCCAGCACCCCCGGAUAAUCGCGGUACCCCCUAUUUCGCUCCACAAAACGAAUUUGCCAACCUUCCGCCUCAGGGACAGGGUCCGUACGAUAUUGCGCCAGUGUCACGGAACACCUCUGAUCCGCGAGUUCGUCCCAAAUAUUCCGAUGGUAGCAUGGGCUCUCGAAGAGGAGGAGCGCCACCUGGUUUCAAUGGGCGCGGGCGGGGUGGAUAUCCUCCCCGCGGUGGACGCGGAGGAUCUUACAUGGGACCUUCUCGUGCCCCUUCUCCUGGCUCCCGGGGUGGCUACACAGGGCCAAUGGCUGGCCGUGGAGGUCACGGUGGAAUGCUGCCACCUCGAGGACCGCCAGCGGACUAUGGCCCAGGUCAAGGCGGCGCCAAUCGCGGGUUUGACGCGUAUAGUCAACCUGUACCGCCUCCCAUGGAUGAUCGUAACACUUAUGGGCCACCGGGUCAGAUGCGUCAGCCAUCGCCCGGGCCCAUUGGUAUGGCCGUGUCACCGGAAACGGUUGGCCAAACCAUCGAGAUGACUCCGCAACAUCGGCCGCAGCACAAUGUGAAUGCGUCUACUCAACCAAUGAGCAGCGUACCCCAAACGCUGUCGGCUGAAAUCAAUCUUUCCGUCCCCGAAAGCCCGACAAGCAUGAACAGUCGACUUAGUUCUUACAUUCCUUCUCGCUCUGGCUGGAGUACAAAUGAUUCUCGUACAUCACCGCGGCUGCCGGAGCAACCUAUGCAGCCUAACAACAGCGGUGCCACUUACUACGAAGACGUGGAUCCCCGCUUCGUUCAUCGGCCAUCGCCCCCUCCAGACUCUGCGAUUCCCCACUCUCUCACGCCUGGAGUUGCUCUCUUUUAA